AAUCUAAAAAAUAAAAACAUUCUGACUGGUGCCCAAGAAUAUUUGCUUCCGUCGCAUUUCCUGCACUCCAAUAUUUAACGAUUUGUGCAAAUAACCAUGAAAAAAGUUGUGAUUCUGAAAUCCGAAAACGACAACAGUGAAGUGUACGCCGCUCUGCUACAGAAAGCCGGUUUCGAGCCCGUUUUCGUUCCGACAUUGGAUUUUUGCUUCAAGAAUCUAGACGUUUUACGAGAUCGAUUGCUGUCACCGUACAAAUAUUCGGGUUUGAUUUUCACCAGUCCUCGAAGCAUUACUGCCGUACGGGAUGCGCUCGGAGGUCAUCGGUUGAAAGAUGAUUGGAAAACGCUGGAGAAUUAUUGUGUCGGAGAAACGUCGCACGAUCUAAUUCAACGCUCCCUGGAACUGGAUACUAAAGGGCAGCAGUCAGGAAAUGCCAGUAACUUAGCGGAUGUAAUGAAGACAGAUUUGUACAAUAAAACUAUUACGCUUCCGUUUCUGUUUCCUUGCGGAAACUUGAAACAAGAUGUACUGCAGAAUAAGCUGUCCGAGUAUGGCUAUUCGAUGGAUUGUGUCGAAGUAUAUGAGACCGUUCCUCAUAAGGAUCUAGAACGGAGUUUAGUCAAUUUAUUCCAGGACGGCUCUUCGCCGGAAUUCCUCUUAUUUUUUAGUCCAUCUGGUAUAAAUUACUGUGCGGCAAUUUUCGAGCGACAUAAAUUUGAUCUGAGUAUGUGCAGGAUUGUGGCCAUCGGACCCAGUACCAAAAAGGCGGUUGAGAACAAGGGUUAUCCGGUGCACCGAACGGCAGAGAAGCCAUCGCCUGAAUAUGUUGUUAGUGCUUUAUUAGAUUCCUAACCACUUGUUGAGUAGUUUGUAGCGAAUAGUUUUUAAACUAUUUUACUGUUGAAACGUUUGCUAAUCCAUUGUUUUGAGUCUCCUAGGAAAAAAAUCCAAGUGUUGUAAACUAACUGGUAAAGGCCAAUCUAUUUCGCCAAGUGGCUUAAGGUGUAAGUUGUUUUAGAUUGAAAACAUGGUUUAUACCAAACAAUGGAAGCCGUCUAUAAAAUAAACGAGUUAGAAUAGUUCACCGUUGGUUGAUGUUGAUUGUUUCGCUAUUGUGACCAGAAAAUGUUUUUUUCAGAAUCAAUUGAGUCAAAUUAUCGAACCAUACAUCAAUAUAAAUGUUAGAUAUUUGUUUUUAUACUAGUAAAUGUAUGAUUUGUCAAAUAGCUAGUCGUUACUCGCUCCUAGUUGCAUCCAAUAUACCACAUCCAAAGGUGGGCACAAAACAACCCAUAGGAGCAAUAUUGGGUUUAAACAUAGUUCCAAAUAGUUUUUAGACUAAAAUAUUUAUGGUAGCAUAUUUUUGGUAUAUUUAACUUUAUUAGCGAGACGUUCAACCGAAGGUAGGUUCAUCUCGGAUAUUUCAGAAUAUAUUUUCAAAAAAUAUAAAGGAAUAAAGUGUUAUUAAAUCGGAAA